GGCACUUUGAGUAGAGUACUACUUAACCUCAAAAUACACGCACAUUUAGAACUAUUAGUGUUUAUUGUAGUUGUGUGAAUAAAAGCAACACAUUUCAUUAAAAUGGCAUCAGUUGAUCAUUUAGCAUCGUCAGACUUCAUUAAAACAGUGCAUCAGCGUCUAAGAGAUGAAUCCAAAAUAUCGGGAGUUGAAGAAGCAUGGAAAAAGCACUGCCAGGAUGAAGAAAAUUUAAAGAAAUAUGCAGCAGCAAUGCAUAACUUGGCUGAAAACCACUGGGAAAACAACUACAAAAUAAAUUCGAAGCCCACCUCUAGAAUUGCUUGGGUGCACCAGUUUUGCCAAAUUUAUUUUAUAGAAGAGGAAUUGCUGAAGUACAGACAACGAGAAAACGAAAUUGCAGACAAAAUAAAUUUAAAAAUCGGUGUUGGUGUUGGUAUCAGUACUAUAAACAAACAGUGUAGACUUUUAGAUGUCGGCAGUUGUUACAACCCUUUUCAAAAAUACACUUGUUUUGAUGUUCUUCCAAUAGACAUUGCGCCUGCUAUAAGUGGUGUUUACAAAUGUGACUUUAUAAACUUACACAUAACACUGAGUGCUUCUAGUGUACAUGAUAAUUUAGAAAUAACUGAAUUACAACAACAGUCAUUUGAUGUAGUUGUUUUUAGUUUGUUGUUAGAAUACUUACCCUCACCACAACAGAGACUACUGGCUUGUAAAAACGCUUACAAAUUACUGAAGACAGAAGGCAUAUUGUUUAUAAUAACUCCUGAUUCUAAGCACGUCGGAGCGAAUACAAAAAUCAUGAAGUCGUGGCGCUUUUUGUUAGCAAAAGAGGGUUUUUCGCGUAUUAAAUAUGAAAAAUUGGCACACUUACACUGUAUGGUAUUUCGUAAAUGUUUGAGUCCAGAAAUUUCUCAGCGAUGGGCCACACUGCACAAACAAGAAAAUUUCUACAGCGAGUUUGUAAUUCCACAAGAUUUCAAACAAACUAAAAACAGCACCACAAUGAGCAACGUAGCUUGUGAAGCAAGUUUAUUCGAUGAACUUCCAAAUUUCUUUGAAUAACAAUAAACUAUUUUUAA